CACCAUCACAACCACAACCACACCACAGACCCGAUCUCCUCUCCAGGUACCCCUUUGCCGCUACACGAGUUUCAGUUUCUAUCGCGAGAACCGUCGAUACCAUGCCUCCUUCCCACCAAUACACCCAAAGCCACUCCCACAGCCACUCCCACCACAUGCCCCGCCACUCCAUCCUCCCCUCCGCGGCUCCUUCUAUGGGCUACGGCGGCGGCGGUCUAAGUGGUACCGGCAGCAGCACCACCAGCAUGUCCAUGGCCAAAACCCGGCAGUACGCCAACCUGCACGCGCAGCUAGCGCAGCUGAACAGCCACCUCCGCGACACGGAGAACCUGGUGCGCAUGACGGCCGUCCAGGCGGAGGAUAUGCGUUUUUUGGGGGGAUAUGUCGGGGCCCUGUUUAUGGGGUCGGCCAAGGUGUUGGGAGAGGAGGGUAUUAUCAAGACUGAGGGUGGUGGUUCUGGUUCUGGUUCUGGUUCUGGUUCUGGUUCUGCUGCUGCAGGAGCUGGAGCAGGAGCUGGAGCUGGAGCUGGGACGGGGGCUGGGAAUGGGGUGGAGAGUGAGAGUGAAUGAGGAUCUUAGGCCUUUGAUCUCUUGAGAGGGGGAGGGAAGGUUCGAAUGGAUAUCGGGUACUCUGUACAACCACAAGGGAAGAGUAUGCUAUGGUUUAUUCUUUGGGGGCAUAUCAGUGCUGAUUCUAUCGCUCUCUUUCAUGGGAUGCUUGAUCCAUCCCCGUUACCACCAUUACCACCUACCCAUCGCCACUGCCAGUCCAGCGUUAUUCGGCUUUAUACAGCGGCAUAUACGAUACUUCCUACCGUGCCUGGUUCGAAACAGGCACCGAGAGCGAGGAUGGGAUCAGGCGUCAACCACGAACCCUCCACCGAGGAUGAUCGCGGGCUCGUCGAUGCUGUGGUGCUCGU